GCCGCGAGGGGAGGACUCGCGCGGUGUCUUCGGGGAGAGCUGGAGCCGGGCAAGGACCCGAGAGGCCCGCGGAGCCGCGCCGAGGCCGCCCGGGCGCAGCAGAGGUGGGGUAGCCGCGCCCGCCCGGCCGACGGUUCCAGCCUGGACCGGCGCUGAGGGAGACGGGCGCCGUGGAGGCGCGGAGGAUCGUGGCAUAGCGGCCUGAGGAAUCUCUAUACAAGAUGUUGACUUUGUGGACUAGGGUAGUGCAAGCCGCAUUUAUUUUCCUAACCACUGAAUCUAUAGGUGUUCUUCUAGAUCCAUGUGGUCAUAUCAGCCCUGAAUCUCCGGUUGUACAACUUGGUUCUAAUUUCACUGCAGUUUGUGUACUAAAGGAAAAAUGUAUGGAUAAUUUUGCUGUAAAUGCUGAUAACAUUUUUUGGAAAACAAACCAUGCUAUUGUUCCUAAGGAACAAUAUACUGUCAUAAACAGAACAGCAUCUAGUGUCACCUUUAGAGAUGUAUCUUCAUUAAAUACUCAGCUCACUUGCAACAUUUAUGCAUUUGGACAAAUUGAGCAAAAUGUUUAUGGAAUCACAAUAAUUUCAGGCUUGCCUCCAGAAAAACCUAAAAAUUUGAAUUGUAUUGUGAAUGAGGAAAAGAAUAUGAUGUGUCAGUGGGAUCCUGGAAGGAAAACAUAUCUGGAAACAAACUAUACUUUAAAAUCUGAAUGGGCAACCGAGAAGUUUGCUGAUUGUAAAGCACAGCGUGACACCCCCAACUCAUGUACUCUUGAUUAUUCUCCUGUAUAUUUUGUCAACAUUGAAGUCUGGGUAGAAGCAGAGAAUGCCCUUGGGAACAUUACAUCAGAUCAUAUCAAUUUUGAUCCUAUAGAUAAAGUGAAGCCCAAUCCACCACAUAAUUUAUCAGUGAGAAGCUCAGAGGAACUGUCUAGUAUCUUAAAAUUGGCAUGGAUCAACCCAAGUAUUAAGAGUUUUCUAAGACUGAAAUAUAGCAUUCAGUACAGGACCAAGGAUGCCUCAACUUGGAGCCAGAUUCCUCCUGAAGAUACAUCAUCUACCCGGUCUUCAUUCACUGUCCAGGACCUUAAACCUUUUACAGAAUAUGUAUUUAGGAUUCGUUGUAUGAAGGAAGAUGGUAAGGGAUUCUGGAGUGACUGGAGUGAAGAAGCAAGUGGGAUCACAUAUGAAGCUAGACCAUCCAAGGAACCAAGUUUCUGGUACAAGAUAGAUCCAUCCCAUACUCAUGGCUAUAGACCUGUAAAACUCAUAUGGAAGACAUUGCCUCCUUUUGAAGCCAAUGGAAAAAUCUUGGAUUAUGAAGUGACUCUUACAAGAUGGAAAUCUCACUUUCAAAAUUACAGAGUUAAUGACACAAAACUGACAGUAAACCUCACAAAUGAUCGCUAUAUAGCAACUCUGACAGCAAGAAAUCUGGUUGGCAGAUCGGAUGCAUCUGUUUUAACUAUCCCUGCCUGUGACUUCCGAGCUGCUCACCCUGUAAUGGAUCUUAAAGCAUUCCCCAAAGAUAAUAAGCUUUGGGUAGAAUGGACUGCUCCUACUGAAUCUGUAAAUAAAUACAUACUUGAGUGGUGUGUGUUAUCAGAUAAAUCACCCUGUAUCCCAGACUGGCAACAAGAAGAUGGUACUGUACAUCUCACCUAUUUAAGAGGCAACCUAAUGGAGAGCAAAUGCUAUUUGAUAACAGUUACUCCAGUAUAUGCUGAUGGACCAGGAAGCCCUGAGUCUGUAAGAGCAUACCUUAAACAAGCUGCACCUUCAAAAGGACCUACUGUUCGGACAAAAAAAGUGGGGAAGAAUGAAGCUGUCUUAGAGUGGGACCAACUCCCUGUUGAUGUUCAAAAUGGAUUUAUCAGAAAUUAUACUAUACUUUAUAAAACUGCUUUUGGAAAUGAAACCGCCGUGAAUGUGGAUUCUUCCCACACAGAAUAUACGCUGUCCUCUUUGACUAGUGACACGUUGUACAUGGUACGAAUGGCAGCAUACACAGAUGAAGGUGGAAUGUACGGUCCUGAUUUCACUUUUACUACUCCAAAGUUUGCUCAAGGAGAAAUUGAAGCCAUAGUUGUGCCUGUUUGCUUAGCAUUCCUAUUGACAACUCUUUUGGGAGUAUUAUUCUGCUUUAAUAAGCGAGACCUGAUUAAAAAACAUAUCUGGCCUAAUGUUCCAGAUCCUUCAAAGAGUCAUAUUGCUCAGUGGUCACCUCACACACCUCUAAGGCAUAAUUUUAAUUCAAAAGAUCAAAUGUAUUCAGAUGGCAAUUUCACUGAUGUAAGUGUUGUGGAAAUAGAAGUAAAUGACAAAAAACCUUUUCCAGAAGAUUUGAAAUCAAUGGACCUCUUUAAGAAGGAAAAAAAUAGUACUGAAGGACACAGCAGUGGUAUUGGAGGGUCUUCGUGCAUGUCAUCUUCUAGGCCAAGCAUUUCUAGCGGUGAUGAAAAUGAAUCUGGACAGAACACUUUGAGCACUGUCCAGUAUUCUACUGUGGUACACAGCGGCUACAGACACCAGGUUCCACCGGUUCAAGUCUUCUCAAGAUCUGAGUCCACCCAGCCCUUGUUAGAUUCAGAGGAGCGGCCAGAAGACCUACAGUUAGUAGAUAAUGUAGACAGUGGUGAUGGCGUAUUGCCCAGGCAACAGUAUUUCAAGCAAAACUGCAGUCAGCAUGAAACCAGUCAAGAUAUUUCACAUUUUGAAAGGCCAAAGCAAGUUUCAUCAGUCAAUGAGGAAGAUUUUGUCAGACUUAAACAGCAGCAGAUUUCAGAUCAUAUUUCACAGUCCUGUGGAUCUGAGCAAAUGAAAAUGUUUCAAGAAAUUUCUACAGCAGCUGUUUUUGGUCCAGGUACUGAGGGAGAAGUAGAGAGAUUCGAAACAGUUGAGAUGGAGGCUGCAAUUGAUGAAGGAAUGCCUAAAAGUUACUUACCACAGACUGUAAGACAAGGUGGUUAUGUGCCUCAGUAAAAGACCAGGUCCUGUUCCAACUCAGCAGUAAGACAAGCUAAAAAUAUUUUAUCUGUCUUUUCAGAUAAAAAUAAUCUUCACUCACUGAAGAUGAUCACUUGCCCUUAAGGACAAAAAUAGACUGUACUCUCACAUGGGCUAUUUCCAUUUCAGAAUAUCUAGGAUUACUUUAAGCACUACAUAAACUGACUUCAUCCUCUGAAUAGCUGAAUGACUUUGUGCUAUUUCAGGAUGUUUGCACUGAAGAAAAACAGAAAGCUUGCCAGGAAUUUAUAAAGUAAAACUUUUCAUUUUUGUUUUGCCACAUAGAAUACAGAGGUUAUUAAAAUAAUAAGCAGCAUAAUACUUAGUGAUCAUAGCCAUACACAUUUUGAUGAACCUAAUCAUCAAAAAGACUUAGGGAGAGUUACUAUAAAAAAUUAGAGGAGCAAAGUCUAGAACCCUCUACUUCAGCUAACAACAUAAUUUAAAAAGAGGUCCAUAUGGCAUAACUAUAUGAGCCCAGCUUUUGUAGUCUGAGCAAAAUAAAUAAAUAAAUAAAUUGGAAUUCUGGAACUUGAACUUGACAGAUAAAAAUAUAUAUAUAUAUUUUUAAUAUUACAUAACAAUCUCACUGAAUUUUCAAAAACUGCUGUUGGCCAUCUCUUUGAGAACCCAUUCUCACAAACUCAGCAGAGUGCCCAGGUAGAGCUACGAGUGAAUACCACAAACUAUCUUAAGCAUUUCAAAAAUUGUUUUGCCACUAGUAAAGGCUUAAAUUUUACCACAUUUCUCUAUAUGUGGAUAUACAAAAUUAUUGACCCUUCCUCUUAAGACUUCAGAGAAUUUGGCUGACAAAGCACUUUAUACCAUAUAUCUUCAGCUUAAAUGUGUUUUAACGUAAUGUACUUUGUUUUUAAGUAAGACAGUAUCUUCUUUUCUCCAGUAGGUGAUUGAAGCAAACUAAGUUAGAGGACUUGGGCACUGCUCACCAAAACAAACAAAUGAAACACAACCCCAGAAGUGUAAAUAUUACGGUUAGCCAGUAUCCUUAUUGUAGAGGCACUUAAUGAAGAGAUAAUAUUUUAAUAUCUACAGUUUUGAGGUAGAGUGGGACUUAGUUCUAUGCUGUGAUUUAGGAUUAUUUUAAGUCUCUUCUUGCUAAUUCUGUUUUUCAGGGGAGAAGUGAGCCAGUCCUCCAGAGUUUAGCGCUAAACCCACUUAUGCAUACAGGCCAUCCUCUGUCCACUCCAUCUGACACAGCAGGAGCUCAAGACAGGGGCUGUUAACUAUCAGUAGUUUAAUUCUAGACUGCUGCUAUCAAAUGAGUUCAGAGGAAAUAGGUUUUGUUUUUCUAUCAUAUUUAAAUUACAGAAGCCAGGCAGUCUUAAAAUAUUUUGUAGAGGAUAUUGAAGAAUAAAAGACUAAGAAAAAUUGGUAUGCAUUUAUAGUUGAAAUGUAAUUCUACUUUUUAUUCUCACAGUAUAUUGUUCACAUUAGAUUUUCUAUUUUAUCCUUUUUAUUCUUGCGUUUAUGUAAUGCUUAAGACUUUCAGAGUUCUUUUACAUAUGUGAUCUCCCAGAUAGAGCAGAUGCUUUAUUUGAAUAUAUCCAGUUUCCUACUUUAGUCAAAACCAACAUGAGAGUGGAAGAGUGACAGAAU